AUGUCCCGGCUGGGGGUGGAAGGAGGGCCCCGGGCCCCGGUGCAUCGUACUAAAGGGCAACUGCAGAUAACGCAGUCAGGAGCCAGACAGUCAACGUCCCGAUGCACUCCCGCAAACCGACGGCCCCCCCUCCGCACCCCCCUCCCGGCCGGCACCCCCGCACCUCACCCCCCCGCUCCAUAUCCAUUGGGAACCCGUAUCCGACCGCCGUGA